AUGCACGCCGCCCUGGCGGGGCCGCUGCUCGCUGCCCUCCUCGCCACCGCCCGCGCCCGCCCGCAGCCCCCAGACGGAGGACAGUGCCGGCCGCCCGGAUCGCAGAGGGAACUGAACUCCUUCCUGUGGACUAUUCGGCGCCAUCCUCCAGCCUACCUGUUUGGCACCAUUCACGUCCCCUACACCCGAGUCUGGGACUUCAUCCCGGACAAUUCCAAGGCAGCAUUCCAGGCCAGUGCCCGUGUCUACUUUGAGCUGGACCUGACUGACCCCUAUACCAUCUCGGCUCUGGCCAGCUGCCAGUUGCUGCCACACGGGGAGAACCUGCAGGAUGUCCUGCCUCAUGAACUCUACUGGCGCCUGAAGCGCCACCUGGACUAUGUGAAGCUGAUGAUGCCCUCAUGGAUGACACCUGCACAGCGUGGCAAGGGACUGUACGCCGACUACCUGUUCAAUGCCAUUGCGGGCAACUGGGAGCGCAAGAGGCCAGUGUGGGUGAUGCUCAUGGUGAACUCGCUCACGGAGACGGACGUGCGCUCUCGUGGGGUGCCCGUGCUGGACCUCUACUUGGCCCAGCAGGCUGAGAAGAUGAAGAAGAGUACAGGGGCCGUGGAGCAGGUAGAGGAGCAAUGCCAUCCACUCAACGGGCUCAACUUCUCCCAGGUGUUGUUUGCCCUGAACCAGACCCUGCUGCAGCAUGAGAGUGUGCGGGCGGGAAGCCUGCAGGCCCCCUACACCACAGAGGACCUCAUCAAGCACUACAACUGCGGGGACCUCAAUGCUGUCAUCUUCAAUCAUGACACGUCCCAGCUACCCAACUUUAUCAACACCACCCUCCCACCGCACGAACAGGUAACAGCCCAGGAGAUUGACAGCUAUUUCCGCCAGGAGCUCAUCUACAAGAGGAACGAGCGCAUGGGGCGGAGGGUCAUGGCGCUGCUUCAGGAGAACGAGGACAAGACCUGCUUCUUUGCCUUCGGAGCAGGUCACUUUCUUGGAAACAACACAGUUAUUGAUGUCCUUCGGCAGGCAGGGCUAGAAGUGGACCACACACCUGCCGGGCAAGCCAUCCACAGCACCACCAUCUCACCACCUCCACUGCCUCUCCAGCCCACUCCCAGCUCUGAAACUGCCAAGCCCCUCUUCCAGUUCUCGGACCAGCUCCAAAAGCAGGACUCUUUGGGGCCUGCCAGCAACUCAGCACCUACCCUGGGCCUCCUCUCUGCAAUCACCGUAACUAUUGCUGCCCCCUUCCUGUUGCAUACCCUCGGGCCCUCCUGA